ACAGCAAAACGAAGAAAAAGAAAAAGAGAGACAAGUGUCUACAGUGUCAAUGGUGUCAAUGCAAUUUAGGACAAUGAAACUUUCGUGAUUACACAAAAAUAUAAACAAAAAAAAAAUUGAGUGCGAUUUGGAAAGAAAAUGUCAACACGAAAUUCGCAAACGCUAAUGCAGACGACCGGUGAUGAUACUUUUGAUUUUUUGUUCAAAAUUGUCCUAAUCGGUGAUUGCUCGGUGGGUAAAACUAAAAUUGUUCAGCGAUUUAAAACAGGACAUUUCACUGAAAGCCAUGCCAAUACCAUUGGGGUCGACUUCUCCAUGAAAACAAUUACUGUCGAUGGUAAAAGGGUCAAGACUCAAAUUUGGGAUACUGCGGGGCAGGAGCGCUUUCGGACAAUUACUCAAAGUUAUUACAGAUCUGCUGACGGUGUCAUUAUCGUCUAUGACAUUACAAAACGGUCCUCAUUCUUGAGUAUACAACGUUGGAUUGAAGAAGUCCGUCGCUACACCACAUUGAACGUAAUGUUAAUACUCGUUGGUAACAAAUGCGAUCUAGAGUCUCUGCGAGAGGUGGAAUUUGCUGAAGCUGAAGCCAUGUGCGAGUACAUACCGGAAAUUUUAUUUGUCAUGGAAACAUCUGCCAAAGAGAAUACGAAUGUUGACGAUGCCUUCAUUUGCUUGGCGACGGAAUUAAAGAGACGACACGACAAUUUGAACGUUGUCCUUGACGAUGCCAUCGUUCUGGAACAAGGAACCCCAGUAAAAAAUUGCAGCGGAUGCAGUGUGACGUGAAAGGGUCAUCGUUCCGUUCAUUCGUAGCUCUAUUCCGUUCGAGUAUUAGGAACAAAAUGAAACGAACAAAAAAGCAAACGUUAAACAAUUCUUAAGAAAAGAAAACAAAAAAGUGUCACUCAUAUAGCAAUCAAUACUCUCGGAUUAGGAUAUUAAAGGAAAGAUAAUUUUUUUUUGUAAUUUUAAUUUUGUUUAAUUUGUGGGUAACGAUAACUGUAACUAGUAUUAGUGUUUCUGACGUUUGAAUCUUAAAAACCCUGUAAUCUGAUAUCGUAAAUUUUUGCAUGUCUAUCGGUACACUGGUGAAUAUUCAGUUAGAUUUUAGAGUAAAAUAAACUAAUUUUGGAUUUUAUUUCUUUUUUGACUAACUUAAAAAUUUGAAUUUUUAUUUAUUUGUUGUCGUAAUAAAGAGACUUAACGAAAAUUCAA